AUGGUCAAAACUACAAGCAUUCUGUCCCUUAUUGUGGUAGCCGCCUUUCGGCUCCCGGGGGCUGACGGUAAGCCCUGCCCUCCUUUGGGCGCGGUUCUACCCCCCCCAAGGCGACCUAGCAAAGAUUCAGUCGUCGCGGAAGCUGUGAAGAGUCUUGAAGCUGUAUUUGCGAGCAUGACAUCCCGUUACAACGCAUCAGCUGUCUCCAUCGGUGUUCGAUCAAUUCACGAAGAUGUUCCGUUGGUCGACCUUCAUUACACACCGCCGAUCAAGAACAAGAAUGGCACAGAGGAGGUUACGGCUGACACUGUCUAUCGUAUUGGCAGUUGUACCAAGCUCUUCACUGUCCUUUCUCUGCUCCAGCAGACCAAGAUCCGGUGGGAUGAACCCGUUACGAGAUACCUUCCUGAGCUUGAAGAGAAUCAAGUCCAUGGAACAGAGAUUGAGGCAGUACAGUGGCAACAUGUUACUAUUGGUGCAUUAGCAUCUCAUGUUUCGGGAAUUGGAAGGGACCUUGCUUUUGAUCUGGCAAACUUUCCUUCCUUUCCAGCUGAGAAGAUGGGGCUUCCGCCAUUACAAGAGAAAACGAGAGCGCGGCACUGCUCUGGGCUGGGGAACACGACAGCCUGUGAAGAAGAGGGUGAGAGGCUUUCUGGUAGUGAGAUGUAUUGCGAGUGCUAA